AUGGCAACAAAAUAUUGUGGAACAUUCCUCCAUAGAAAUUCUUCAAUAUUAUCUUCACAUUCAAAUCAUUCACAUAUUAGUGAUGCUGAAUGGAUAACAAAUAGUAUAUCAUUAAUUAUAUUUGUUUUUGCAUUUAUUGGAAAUACAGCUGCACUUAUUGUUAUGUUUGGUUCGAGAGGACCAAUACGAUUAACAAACAAUAAAUAUUUAGCUAAUUUAGCAUGUGCAGAUUUAUUACGUGCAUGUUUUAUGCCGUUUACUAUAAUUGCAAGAAUGAAAAGAAACUUUAUGUUCGGAAAGAUGAUUUGUUUAAGUGUAGCUGUGGAUGUUUUUACUCUUGUUUGUAUAAGUAUUGAACGUUAUUUAGCUAUAUGUCGUCCAUUACUUAUAUUAAAACUUCAAUCGUUUCGAUUUUCUAAUCUUCUUAAUGGAUUUAUUCUAUUUUUAAUAUGGUCAUUAGGUCUUUUGACAGCUUUACCAAAUUUAUAUAUGUAUAAUUUAUGUUCUUUGCCUACACCUGGUCGUUAUAAAUGUGAAAAAACAUCCCCACAUGAAUUCGAUGAAAAACUUUAUAUGAUCGCUUUAGAUGCUUUUUAUUUUGUGAUACCAAUGGUUGUCAUGAUUGUUCUUUAUACAUUAAUUAUUCGAAAAAUGUAUAGAAAUAGUACAGCAGUACAAAUGAGAUCAUUUAAAAAUAGUACUCACAGUAAAAUUCGUUCAAAUUCUUCAUCUCCUCAAUUAAUUCCUUUUACUAAACGUUCUAAAUUAAAAUCAAUAAAUUCUGAUUUAAUUGAAAAUAAAAGAAGAGAAUCAUCAAUUUAUGAAAAAUUUGGUCAACGAUUAUCAUUUCAUAGUAGCACGAAAUCAAAAUCAGGUUUAAGUGAAGAUGGUCAAAUACAAAAUCCUGAAUUAGAUAUUUCGAUAACAAAACAACAAUAUAAUCGAACAUAUGCAAUAUCUCAUCCAAUAACUCAAAUUUUAUCUGAUGAUAAUCAUUUUCUAAAUAAUUAUAAUAAUAAAAGAAAAAAAUAUUUUCAUCGUUUAAAUUCUCAAAAAACUAAUACUCCAUGUCGUUGUUCACCAUCACAAGGUUUAUGUCGUACCGAUCGUAAUCGACGUAAAGCACUUAAACUUUUAAUAACAUUAAUUAUGGAAUUUUUUAUUUGUUGGACACCAUUAUUUAUUUAUCAUACAAUUGGAACAUUUAAUAAAAAUUUUUAUCGUUCAACACCAAAUAUUUUUGUUGAUUUAAUACUUCUUUUUUCAUUUGCAUCAGCAUCAUGUAAUCCAUUAACGUAUUAUUUUAUGUCAAAACGUUACCGAUCAGCUUUAUAUGCUUAUUUACGAUGUUGUUCCUUUAAUGGAAAUCAACAAAUAUUUAUUAAUCACAAUAACCAACAACCACAUUAUAUAAAUAAACCUUUACGUUCCAAUCAAAAAGAAAAUUCUCCUGAGUUAAAACACAAAGCACAACUAGAAAUUGAUACUCAUGAUAAUUCUCGAUUAAGAGCUAAAACAUAUUAG